UCGUCCCCGUCCAGUCUGAGGACCGGCCGGAGUGCAGGCUGCUGGGUGGGAGCCGUGUCAGUCCUGGGCCACAGGAGGGAGGUGAGACCUGGUGGCCUCUGCCCCACCGUCUGAGCCCCCGGCCUGGGCGUCCGCCUGGAGCCCCCGUAGAGACAGGUACACCCGCCCCCACCAUCACUAUGGAUCACUCAUUCAGCGGCGCGCCCCGCUUCCUGACCCGGCCCAAGGCCUUCGUAGUGUGCGUAGGCAAGGAUGCCACGCUGAGCUGCCAGAUCGUGGGCAACCCCACGCCGCAGGUGAGCUGGGAGAAGGACCGGCAGCCAGUGGAGGCGGGCGCUCGCUUCCGCCUGGCCCAGGACGGUGACCUGUACCGCCUCACCAUCCUGGACCUGGCGCUCGGCGACAGCGGGCAGUACGUGUGCCGCGCACGCAAUGCCAUAGGCGAGGCCUUCGCGGCCGUCGGCUUGCAGGUGGACGCUGACGCCGCGUGCGCCGAGCAGGCGCCUCACUUCCUGCUGCGGCCCACAUCCAUCCGCGUGCACGAGGGCGCCGACGCCACCUUCCGCUGUCGCGUGCGCGGCUCGCCGCCCAUGGCCGUAAGCUGGGCCAAGGAUGGACGGCGCCUGGGCGCGCCCGACGCCCCCCGAGUGCGCGUGGAAGCGAGCGGAGAGGCCAGCGCACUGCGCAUCCAGGCUGCGCGGCCGCACGACGAAGGCACCUACACGGUGCACGCCGAGAACCCGCUGGGCGCAGCCAGCGCUGCAGCCGCGCUCACAGUGGACGCGGAUGCCGACGCGGCCGGCCCGCCCGGGACCUCCACCGCCGCGCUCCUGGCGCACCUGCAGCGGCGGCGUGAGGCCAUGCGCGCCGAGGGCGCCCCAGCCUCACCGCCUGGCUCUGGCACGCGCACCUGCACGGUGACUGAGGGCAAGCACGCGCGCCUCAGCUGCUACGUGACAGGCGAGCCCAAGCCUGAGACCGUGUGGAAGAAGGAUGGGCAGCUGGUGGCUGAGGGCCGGCGCCACUUGGUGUACGAGGACGCGCAGGAGAACUUCGUGCUCAAGAUCCUCUUUUGCAAGCAGUCGGACCGCGGCCUGUACACCUGCACGGCGUCCAACCUCGUGGGCCAAACCUACAGCUCCGUGCUGGUCGUCGUGCGAGAGCCCACCGUGCCCUUCAGGAAGCGGCUGCAGGACCUGGAGGUGCAGGAGAGGGAGUCGGCCACGUUCCAGUGCGAGGUGCCGCUGCCAGCCACGGAGGCCGCGUGGUUCAAAGAGGAGACGCGGCUGCGGGCGAGCGCCAAGUACGGCAUCGAGGAGGAGGGCACGGAGCGCAGGCUGACGGUGCGCAACGUCUCUGCCGACGACGACGCCGUGUACAUCUGCGAGACGGCCGAGGGCAGCCGCACGGUGGCCGAGCUGGCGGUGCGAGGCAACCUCACCCGAAAGCUCCCGCGGAAGACGGUGGUGCGAGUCGGGGACACGGCCAUGUUCUGCGUGGAGCUGGCCAGGCCUGAGGGCCCCGUCCGCUGGCUGCGGAACCAGGAGGAGGUGGUGGCUGGGGGCCGCGUGGCCAUCACUGUGGAAGGCACAUGCCACACGCUGACCAUCUCCCGGUGCAACCUGGACGACAUGGGCGAGGUGGCCUUCGUGGCUGGGGACUGCCGCACAUCCACCCAGUUCUGUGUGUCGGCCCCUAGGAAGCCACCCCUGCACGCCCCUGAGGCCCCGGUGGUGAAGGCCAGGACGGAGAGCUCUGUGACCCUUGGCUGGUCCCCACCGCCCCAUGGGGACCGCCCUGUCACCAUUGACGGCUACCUGGUGGAAAAGAAGCGACUCGGGGCCUACACCUGGAGCCGGUGCCACGAGGCCGAGUGGGUGGCCACACCCGAGCUGACGGUGGCCAGCGUGGCUGAGGAGGGGGACUUCCAGUUCCGGGUGUCAGCUGUAAACAGCUUUGGCCAGAGCCCCUACCUCGAGUUCCCGGGGACUGUCCACUUGGCCCCCCAGCUGGCCGUGAGGACGCCUCUGAAGGCAGUGGAGGCAGUGGAGGGUGGCGAGGCGACCUUCUCGGUGGACCUCACCCUGGCCUCGGUGGGUGAGUGGUUCCUGAACGGGCAGCCCCUGAAGGCCAGCAGCGUGUAUGUGAUCCGCAGCGACGGCGCCCGGCACACUCUCACCAUCCGCUCAGUGCCCGCCAGCCUGCACGGCGCUGAGCUCAAGUUUGUGGCCAAUGGCAUCGAGAGCACCAUCCGCAUGGAGGUCCGAGCGGCCCCAGGGCUGACCACCAAGCCUCCAACAACAGCUGCUCGGGAGGUGCUGGCCCGGCUGCAUGAGGAGGCGCAGCUCCUGGCUGAGCUGUCGGACCAGGCCGCGGCCGUGACAUGGCUCAAGGAUGGCCGUGCGCUGCCCCCGGGCCCCAAGUAUGAGGUGCAGGCGUCGGCCGGGCAGUGGGCCCUGCUGGUGAAGGACGUGGCCCGAGACGACGCCGGGCUGUAUGAGUGCAUCAGCCGCGGGAGCCGCAUCGCGUACCAGCUGUCCGUACAAGGCCUCACGUCCUUUCUGCACAAGGACACAGUGGGCGGCCACGUGGAUGCCGUGGCUGGGGGUCCAGCCUGCUUUGAGUGUGAGACGUCGGAGGCCCACGUGCGCGUGCGCUGGUACAAGGAUGGGGCCGAGCUUGGUGGCUUGGGCCAGCGCUUCUCGCAGGAGGACGUGGGCACGCGGCACCGGCUGGUGGUGGCCUCUGUCACCAGGCAGGACGAGGGAACCUAUUCAUGCCGUGUGGGCGAGGACUCCGUGGACUUCCGGCUGCGUGUCUGUGAGCCCACGAUGGUGUUUGCCAAGGAGCAGCCAGCCCGCAGGGAGGUGCAGGCUGAGGCGGGGGCCAGCGCCACACUGAGCUGCGAGGUGGCCCAGGCCCAGACGGAGGUGACGUGGUUCAAGGACGGGAAGAAGCUGAGUGAGAGCUCGAAAGUGCACGUGGAGGCCAAGGGCUGCACCCGGCGGCUGGUGGUGCAGCAGGCGGGGAAGGCAGACGCCGGGGAGUACAGCUGCGAGGCCGGGGGCCAGAAGGUCUUCUUCCGCCUGGAUGUCACAGAGCCCACAGUGGUGUUUGCCAAGGAGCAGCUGGCGCACAGCCAGGUGCAGGCUAAGGCGGGGGCCAGCGCCACUCUGAGCUGCGAGGUGGCCCAGGCCCAGACAGAGGUGACAUGGUUCAAGGAUGGGAAGAAGCUGAGUGCGAGCUCGAAAGUGCAUGUGGAGGCCAAGGGCUGCACCCGGCAGCUGGUGGUGCAGCAGGCAGGGAAGGCGGACGCUGGGGAGUACAGCUGUGAGGCUGGGGGCCAGAAGGUCUCCUUCCGCCUGGAUGUCACAGAGCUGGAGCCUGAGCCACCAGCCCUGGAGAGACCCGGCCGCAGGGAGCCUCUGGUGGUCAGGGAACACGAGGACAUCGUCCUGACGGCCACGCUGGCCACACCCUCUGUGGCCGCGGUGACGUGGCUCAAGGAUGGCGUGGAGAUUCGCCGCAGCAAGCGGCACGAGAUGGCCAGCCUGGGGGACACCCACACCCUGACCUUGCGCGGUGCGCAGACCAUGGACAGCGCCGUCUACAGCUGCCGCGUGGGCGCGGAGGCGCAGGACUUCCCAGUGCAGGUGGAAGAGGUGGCCACCAAGUUCUGCCGGCCCCUGGAGCCCGUGCGCGGGGAUCUGGGCGGCACGGUGACGCUGGCCUGCGAGCUGAGCCCGGCGCAGGCCGAGGUGGUGUGGCGGUGCGGGAGCACGGAGCUCCGGGCCGGCAAGCGCUUCCAGAUGGCGGCCGCGGGGUCCCGGCGCUCGCUCACGGUGUCGGGCCUGCGGGCUGAGGACGCGGGAGAGUACGUGUGCGAGAGCCGCGACGACCGCACCAGCGCGCGGCUCACCGUCAGCGUGCCCCGCGAGGUCAAGUUCACGUCCGGGUUGAGCGCCGUGGUUGCGGAGGAGGGCCGCGAGGCCACCUUCCAGUGCGUGGUGACCCCCGCGGACGCGGCGGUCACGUGGUUCCGGGACGGCGCGCAGCUGCAGCCCAGUGAGAAGGUUGUCAUAUCACAGAGCGGCGGCAGCCACAGCCUGACCAUCUCGGGCCUGGUCCUGCAGGAUGCCGGCCAGAUCACCGCCGAGGCUGAGGGCGUCACGUCCGCCGCUGCCCUCCGAGUCCGAGAGGCUCCAGUGCUGUUCAGGAAGAAGCUGGAGCCGCAGACGGUGGAGGAGCGGAGCUCGGUGACCAUGGGGGUGGAGCUGACGCGGCCAUGGCCCGACGUCAAGUGGACACGCAAUGCCGCGGUCCUGGCGCCGGGCAAGAACCUGGCGAUCCACGCCCAGGGCGAGAGUCACUGCUUGGUCAUCCAUAGUGUGGGCUUCGCUGACCGCGGCUUCUAUGGCUGUGAGACACCGGAUGACAAGACGCAAGCCAAGCUCACGGUGGAAAUGCGCCAGGUCCGGCUUGUGCGGGGCCUGCAGGAGGUGGAGGCACGGGAGCAGGGCACGGCCACCAUGGACGUGGAGCUGUCGCACACCGACGUGGAAGGCAGCUGGACGCGCGACGGCCUGCGGCUGCAGCCGGGGCCCACGUGCCAAAUGGCAGUGCGUGGCCCUACCCACACCCUCACGCUCUCGGGGCUGCGGCCGCAGGACAGCGGCCUCGUCGCCUUCAAAGCAGAGGGCGUGCAUACAUCCGCACGGCUCACGGUUAUGGAGCUGCCGGUCAGAUUCACGCGCCCGCUCCAGGACGUCGUGGCCACAGAGAAGGACAAGGUGACCCUGGAGUGUGAGCUGUCUCGCCCCAACGUGGACGUGCGCUGGCUGAAGGACGGCGUGGAGCUACAGGUGGGCAAGACGGUGGGCGUGAUGGCCCAGGGUGCCUGUAGGAGCCUCAUCAUUUACCGGUGUGAGCUUGGAGACCAGGGCGUGUAUGUGUGUGAUGCCCACGACGCCCAGAGCUCGGCCUCCUUGAAGGUGCAAGGCCGCAACGUCCAGAUUGUGAGGCCCCUGGAGGACGUGGAGGUGAUGGAGAAGGAGGGCGCCAGCUUCUCCUGCGAGGUCUCCCACGACGAGGUGCCCGCCCAGUGGUUCCGGGAGGGCAGUAAGCUUCGUCCCAGUGACAAUGUGCGCAUCCGCCAAGAAGGAAGGACAUACAUUCUUGUCUACCGGAGGGUACUGGCCGAAGACGCAGGGGAAAUCAAAUUUGUGGCGGAAAAUGCAGAAUCGCGAGCUCAGCUCAGAGUGAAAGAGCUGCCAGUGGCCAUCCUGCGCCCACUGCGGGACAAGAUCGCCAUGGAGAAGCACCGCGGCGUGCUCGAGUGCCAGGUGUCUCGGGCCAGCGCCCAGGUGCAGUGGUUCAAGGGCAGCGCAGAAUUGUGUCCUGGGCCCAAGUACGAGAUGGUCAGCGAUGGGCUCUACCGCAAGCUCGUCAUCAACGACGUGCAGCCCGAGGACGAGGACACCUACACCUGCGAGGCUGGCAAUGUGAAGACCAGCGCACAGUUCUUUGUGGAAGAGCAAUCCAUCACCAUCGUGCGGGACCUGCAGGACAUGACGGUGAUGGAGCCCGCCCCUGCCUGGUUCGAGUGUGAGAUUUCCAUCCCCUCGGUGCGGCCGCCCAAGUGGCUCCUGGGGAAGACGGUGCUGCAGGCAGGCGCGGACGUGGGCGUGGAGCAGGAGGGCACUGUGCACCGGCUGACCCUGCGGCGCACCUGCUCCACGAUGACCGGGCCGGUGCACUUCACCAUCGGCAAGUCGCGCUCCACCGCGCGCCUUGUGGUAUCAGACAUCCCUGUGGUGCUCACGCGGCCGCUGGAGCCCAAAGCGGGACGCGAGCUGCAGUCAGUGGUCCUCUCCUGCGACUUCAAGCCGCCCCCCAAGGCCGUGCAGUGGUACAGAGGGGACACGCCCCUGGCGCCGUCCCACAAGUUCAAGAUGAGGCUGGAGGGGCACAUGGCGGAGCUGCGCGUCCUGCGGCUCACGCCCGCCGACGCCGGCGUGUACCGAUGCCAGGCCGGCAACGCCCAGAGCAGCGCCGAGGUCACCGUGGAGGCGCGCGAGGUGACAGUGACGCAGCCGCUGCAGGACGCGGAGGUCACGGAGGAGGACCGCGCCUGCUUCUCCUGCGAGCUGUCCCACGAGGACGAGGAGCUGGAGUGGUCGCUCAAUGGGACGCCCCUAUACAACGACAGCUUCCACGAGAUCACUCACGAAGGCCACCGCCACACGCUGGUGCUGAAGCGGGUCCGGCGGGGGGACGCGGGCAUCGUGCGCGCCUCUUCCCCCAAGGUGACGGCCACUGCCCGCCUAGAGGUCAAAGCGAAGCCGGUGGUGUUCCUGAAAGCGCUGGAUGAUGUGUCUGCGGAGGAGCGAGGAACGCUGACCCUGCAGUGCGAGGUCUCCGACCCCCAGGCCCGCGUGGUGUGGCUCAAGGAUGGCGUGGAGCUGGGCCCCAGCGACAAAUACGACUUCCUGCACACGGCGGGCACACGCGGGCUCGUAGUGCACGAUCUGAGCCGGGACGACGCGGGCCUGUACACUUGCGACUUGGGCACCGACGAGACCCGCGCGCGCGUCAAUGUGCACGACCUGCACGUGGGCAUCACCAAGAGGCUGAAGACGGUGGAAGUGCAGGAGGGCGAGAGCUGCAGCUUCGAGUGUGUCCUGUCCCACGAGAAUACCAGUGAUACGGCUGUGUGGACCGUCGGUGGGAAGACCGUGGGCAGCUCCGGCCGCUUCCAGGCCACACGCCAGGGCCGCAAGUACACCCUGGCUGUGCGAGAUGCCGUGCUAAGUGACGCCGGGGAGGUGGUCUUCUCUGUGCAGUGCCUCACCUCCAAGGCCGCACUCAUCGUCAGAGAGAGGCCGGCAGACAUCGUGAAGCCCUUGGAAGACCAGCGGGCUGCACCAGGUGAGGAUGUGGUGCUGAGCUGCGAGCUGUCGCAGGCUGGCACCCCGGUGCGCUGGCUGAAGGACGGGAAGGCCAUUCGCAAGAGUCAGAAGUAUGAGCUGCUCGUUGAAGGCACAAGGGCCAUGCUGGUUGUGCAUGCGGCCUCGCUCAAGGACUCGGGCGAGUACAUGUGCGAGACUGAAGCUUCCAAGAGCACAGCCAGCCUCCGCGUGGAAGAAGCAGCGAACCGGUUCACAGAGGAGCUGGCUGACCUGCAGCUGGAGGAGAAGGGCACGGCUGUGUUCAUGUGUAGGACGGAGCGGCCUGCGGCUGCGGUGACCUGGCGCAAAGGCCUCACAGAGCUUCGCCCCUCGGGGAAGCACACGCCCAGCCAGGAGGGCCUGACCUUGAGGCUCACCAUCAGCACCCUGGAGAAGGCAGACAGUGACACCUACACCUGUGACAUUGGCCAGGCCCGGUCCCAGGCCCGGCUCCAGGUGCAAGGCCAGCGGGUGCUCAUCACGGAGGACCUGGAGGACGUGGAGGUGCGGGAGGGCUCCUCAGCCACCUUCUGCUGCCGGAUCUCCCCUGCUGACUAUGGGCCUGUCCACUGGUUCCUGGACAAGACCCCUCUCCAGGCCAACGAGCUCAACGACAUCGAGGCCCAGCCAGGAGGCUACCACGUGCUGACCCUGCGGCAGCUCACGCUCAAGGACUCGGGCACCGUCCACUUCGAGGCAGGUGACCAGCGGGCCUCAGCUGCCCUGCGGAUCACAGAGAAGCCAAGUGCCUUCUCCCAGGAGCUCGUGGAUGCCUCGGUCACAGAGGGGGAGGAUCUGACCCUCGUCUGUGAGACCGUCACUCCAGACAGCCCUGUGUGCUGGACCAAGGAUGGAAAGGUGCUGCGGUCGUCAGCCCGCUGCCGGUUGACCUACGAGGGCCGCCAGGCCCAGCUGGUCAUCACUGGCGCCACCCUGCAGGAUGGCGGGCGCUAUAAGUGUGAGGCCGGGGGUGCCUGGAGCAGCUCCAUCGUCAGGGUCCAUGCUCGGCCGGUGCGGUUUCGGGAGGGGCUGAAGGACGUGGAGGUGCUGGAGGGCGGCGCUGUGACACUGCGUUGCACAUUGUCGUCCGUGGCUGCGCCUGUGGAGUGGCGCCGUGGAGAUGAGGUUCUGCGGUCAGGAGGCAAGUUCACUCUGCGGCAGGAGGGCACCAUGCUGGAGCUGGUGGUCCGGGACCUGAGGCCCCAGGACAGCGGGCAGUACUCCUGCUGCUUCGGGGACCAGACAACCACGGCCGUGCUCACUGUGAAGGCUCUGCCUGCUGAGUUCAUAGGAAGACUGAGAAGCAAGGAAGCUGUGGAAGGGGCCACAGCCACACUGCGCUGUGAGCUGAGCAAGGCGGCCCCCGUGGAGUGGAGGAAGGGCUCUGAGACCCUCAGAGCCGGGGACAGAGUCAGCCUGAGGCAGGACGGGGCUGUGUGUGAGCUGGAGAUCCGUGGCCUGGCCGUGGCGGACGCCGGGGAGUACUCAUGUGUGUGUGGGCAGGAGAGGACCUCGGCCACGCUGACCGUCAGGGCCCUGCCUGCCAAGUUCACCAAGGGUCUGAGAAAGGAAGAGGCCACAGAGGGGGCCACGGCCACACUGCGCUGUGAGCUGAGCAAGGUGGCCCCCGUGGAGUGGAGGAAGGGCUCUGAGACCCUCAGAGCUGGGGACAGAGUCAGCCUGAGACAGGACGGGGCCGUGUGUGAGCUGGAGAUCCGUGGCCUGGCCGUGGCGGACGCCGGGGAGUACUCGUGCAUGUGCGGGAAGGAGAGGACCUCGGCCACGCUGACCGUCAAGGCCCCACAGGUGGUGUUCAGGGAGCCGCUGCAGAGCCUGCAGGCUGAGGAGGGCGCCAUGGCCAGCCUGUGGUGCGAGCUGUCAGAGCCCAGCGCCACCGUGGUCUGGAGCAAGGGCGGCCUGGAGCUGCAGGCGGAUGGGCGCCGGGAGCCGCAGCAGCGGGGCCACAGGGCAGAGCUGGUGCUGCGGGACGUGCGCCGGGAGGACGCGGGCGAGUACACCUGCACCUGUGGCUCCCAGGCCACCAGUGCCACCCUCACUGUCACAGCUGCGCCUGUGCGGUUCCUCCGGGAGCUGCAGGCCCAGGAGGUGGAUGAGGGUGCGACAGCGCACCUGCGCUGCGAGCUGAGCCACGCAGGUGCCAGCGUGGAGUGGCGCAAGGGCUCCCUGCAGCUCUUCCCCUGCGCCAAGUACCAGAUGGUGCAGGAGGGCAAGGUCGCUGAGCUGCGGGUGCGUGGCGCUGAGCAGGAGGACGCCGGCCGCUACACCUGUGACACGGGCCACGCGCAGAGCACAGCCAGUCUCUCGGUCCAUGCCCUCAGGCCCGCAUUCGAGACGGAGCUGCAGAGCGUGGAGCAGGAGGCAGGUGGCGUGGCCCGGCUGCGCUGCGAGCUGAGCACAGCGGAGCCUGGGGCCCCUGUGCGGUGGCUCAAGGAGGGCGAGGAGCUGCACGGGAGCCCCAAGUUCGAGAUGCGGCGCCAGGGGGCUGUGUGCGAGCUGCUGAUCCACGGGCUCGAGGCCAAGGACACGGGCGAGUAUGCCUGCGUGGUGGCUGGCCAGAAGACCUUGGCCUCCGUCAGGGUCGGAGAGCCGGAGGUGACCAUCGUGCGGGGUCUGAUCGAUGCCGAGGUGCAGGCCCACGGGGACGUGGACUUCAGCUGCGAGGUGUCUCGGGCCGGGGCUACGGACGUGCAGUGGCGCCUGCAGGGCCUGCCGCUGCAGAGCAAUGAGGUGACAGAUGUGGCUGUGCGUGGCUGCACCCACAUGCUCCGGCUGAGGGGCGUGACGCCCGAGGACGCAGGCACUAUCUCCUUCCACGUGGGCCGCCACACAUCCUCUGCCCAGCUCACCGUCCGAGCUCCUGAGGUGACCAUCGUGGAGCCCCUGCAGGACGUGCAGCUCAGUGAGGGCCAGGAUGCCCACUUCCGGUGUCGGCUGUCCAGGGCCUUGGGCCAGGAGGCUCGCUGGGCCCUGGGAGGGGUGCCCCUGCAGGCCAACGAGAUGAAUGACAUCACGGUGGAGCAAGGCACCCUCCACUUGCUCACCCUGCACAAGGUGACUCUCGAGGACGCUGGAACCAUCAGUUUCCAAGUGGGUUCGUGUAGCUCAGAGGCCCAGUUGAAGGUCACAGAGGCAGCACCAUACCUGGUACGAGGCUUGCAGAACGUGGACGUCUUUGCGGGGGAGGUGGCCACAUUCUCCUGCGAGGUGUCCCGUGCGGGUGGGCCAGAGGCCCGCUGGUGGCUGGAUGGGACCCUGCUGCAGGACGGCCCCCAGAGUGCCAUCUCCGUGCGUGACGGCACCUUCCACUCCCUCGAGCUCUCGGGUCUGGGGGUCGCCGACUCGGGCACUGUCACCUACCGUGCGGGGCCCCUGGUCUCUACGGCCAAGUUGUUGGUCAAAGAUCCCGUGGUGGAGGUGGUCAGUGCCAUGCAGGACCUGGCGGUGGAGGAGGGUGGCCCGGCCGAGCUCCUCUGCCAGUACUCACGGCCGGUGCAGGCCACGUGGAAGAUGGACGAGCAGGAGGUGCGGGCUGACGGGCACCGCGUCAUCAUAGAGCAGGACUGGACGGUGGCCAGGCUGUCCUUCCGGCCGGCCUUGCCCUGCGACAGCGGCAUCUAUUCUUGUGAGGCCGCGGGCACCCGUGUGGUGGCCCUGCUGCAAGUGGAAGCCAAGAACACGGUGGUGCGCGGCCUGGAGAACGUGGAAGCGCCCGAGGGCGGCGAGGCGCUGUUCGAGUGCCAGCUGUCCCGUCCCGAGGUGGCUGCCCACACCUGGCUGCUGGACGACGAGCCGGUGCGCACCUCCGAGGACGCCGAGGUGGUCUACUUCGAGAACGGCCUGCGGCAUCUGCUGCUGCUCAAAAACCUGCGGCCGCAGGACAGCUGCCGGGUGACCUUCCUGGCGGGGGACGUGGUGACUUCGGCGUUCCUCACCGUCAAAGGCUGGCGCCUGCAGGUCCUGGAGCCCCCGCGGGACGCGGCCGUCCCGGCUGGGGGGCAGGCCCGCUUCAGCUGCGCGCUCAGCGAGGCGGUGCCCGUGGGCGAGGCCACCUGGUACGUGAACGGCGCGGCAGUGCAGCCGGACGAUGCCGACUGGACGGUCACAGCCGACGGCAGCCAGCACGCCCUGCUGCUGCACCGCGCCCGGCCGCACCACGCAGGCGAGGUCACCUUCGCCGCCCGGGACGCCGUGGCCUCCGCGCGGCUCACCGUGCUGGGCCUCCCCGACCCUCCCGAGGACGCCGAGGUGGUGGGGCGCAGCGGCCGCUCCGUGACGCUGUCCUGGGUGGCGCCCGCGAGCGACGGCGGCGGCGGUCUCUGCGGCUAUCGGGUGGAGAUGAAGGCGGCGGCCACGGGCGAGUGGCGGCUGUGCCACGAGCUGGUGCCGGGGCCCGAGUGUGUGGUCGACGGCCUGGCGCCCGGGGAGACCUACCGCUUCCGCGUGGCAGCCGUGGGCCCCGCGGGCGCCGGGGAGCCGGUGCACCUGCCCCAGAUGGUGAGGCUCGAGCCUCUGGAGCCCACGCCUGCGCCUGCGCCCACCGUUCCGGAGAGCCUGCAGGUGGCAGCCGGCGAGGAAGUGCGUCUGGAGUGCGAGGUCUCUGAGGCAGGGGAGGUCCUCUGGCUGAAAGGGAUGGAGCCCAUCCAGCCCAAUGGACGCUUCCAGGUUCUCACCCACGGUCAGCGGCAGACGCUAGUGAUCCGUGGCUUCUCCGCGGAGGACCAGGGCGAGUACCGCUGUGGCACUAUCCAAGGACCGGCCUCCACCGAGGCUGCUGCCUUCCAGGUGGUGCUGACCCCGGGAUCAGGGGAUGAGGCCCCUAUGCAGCCCAGCCUGCCCCCUGAGGCAGCCCAGGAGGGUGACCUGCACCUGCUGUGGGAGGCCCUGGCCCGGAAGCGCCGUAUGAGCCGUGAGCCCACGCUGGACUCCAUCAGCGAGCUGCCGGAGGAGGAUGGACGCCUGCAGCGCCAGCGGCAGGAGGCAGAGGAGGUGGCCCCGGACCUCUCCGAGGACUACUCCACGGCUGACGAGCUGACACGCACUGGCGAGGCUGAUCUCUCGCAUACCAGCUCUGAUGACGAGUCCCGGGCGGGCACUCCUUCCCUGGUUACCUACCUCAAGAAGGCUGGGAGGGCUGGCCCCUCACCACUGGCCAGCAAGGUUGGGGUCCCAGAAGCCCCGUCUGAGAAGCCGCAGAAGCAGCAGGAGCAGCCGGCCACAGUGUGCCCACCGCCAGGAGAGCUGAGGGUGGAGGACCUGGGUGCCCCAUCCAUGGACCAGGCAGCUGUGAAGAUCCAGGCUGCCUUCAAGGGCUACAAGGUCCGGAAGGAGCUGAAGCAGCAGGAGGGGCCUGUGUUUUGCCGCACAUUUGGGGAUGUUGAGGCACAGGUGGGGGAUGUCCUGCGUCUGGAGUGUGUGGUGUCCAGCAAGGCGGACAUGCAUGCCCGCUGGCUCAAGGAUGGUGUGGAGCUGACUGACGGCCGGCACUACCACAUCGACCAGCUUGGGGACGGCACCUGCUCUCUGCUGGUCGCUGGCCUGGGCCAUGCGGACGCUGGCCACUACACCUGUCAGGUGAGCAGCAAGUUUGGCCACGUGUCCCACAGCGCCCGCGUGGUGGUCAGCGGGACGGAGAGCGAGGCCGAGAGUUCCUCCGGGGGCGAGCUGGACGAUGCCUUCCGCCGGGCCGCCCGGCGGCUGCACCGCCUCUUCUGCACCAAGGGCUCGGCCGAGGUUUCAGAUGAAGAGAUCUUCCUCAGUGCGGACGAGGGCACCGCAGAGCCUGAGGAGCCUGGGGACUGGCAGACCUACCAUGAAGACGAGCACUGCAUCUGCAUCCGCUUUGAGGAGGUUGCUGAGGCCCAGCAGGCGGCCGCCCGCUUCCAGGAGAUGUUUGGCACGAUGGGCAUCGGAGUGGACAUCAGCCUCUUGGAACAGAGGCCUCGUGGGGUGGAGAUGCGCAUUGGCAGGGUGGCCCCAGCCCCUGCAGCACCUCCGGAGCCAGUGCCCAGCUUGCUGACCCCAGAGGCUGCCCCCGUGUUCCUGACCGAGCUGCAGAAUCAGGAGGUGCUGGACGGGUACCCUGUGAGCUUCGACUGUGUGGUGACGGGCCAGCCGGUGCCCAGUGUGCGCUGGUUCAAGGAUGGGAGGGUGCUGGAGGAGGAUGACCACUACAUGAUCAGUGAAGACCAGCAGGGUGGCCACCAGCUCAUCAUCACAGCUGUGGUGCCGGCAGACAUGGGCGUCUACCGUUGCCUGGCCGAGAACAGUGCAGGCGUGUCCUCCACCAAGGCAGAGCUCCGCGUGGACCUGACCAGCACAGACUAUGAGACGGCCGCUGAUGCUACCGAGACGUCAUCCUACUUCAGCGCCCAAGGCUACCUGUCCAGCCGCGAGCAGGAGGGCACGGAGUCCUCAGAGGAGGGGCAGCUGCCCCAGGUGGUGGAGGAGCUGAAAGACCUCCAAGUGGCCCCUGGCACUCGCCUGGCCAAGUUCCAACUCAAAGUCAAAGGCUACCCAGCCCCCCGCCUGUACUGGUUCAAAGAUGGGCAGCCCCUGACGGCGUCUGCGCACAUCCGCAUGGCUGACAGGAAGACCCUGCACACCCUGGAAAUCCUCUCGGUCACCAGCGAGGAUGCCGGCCAGUACUCGGCCUAUAUCAGCAACACUGUGGGCGCCGCCUACUCGUCUGCUCGGCUGCUGGUCCGAGGCCCCAACGAACCAGAAGAGAAGCCGGCGUCUGAUGUGCAGCAACAGCUGGUGCCGCCCCGCUUCCUGGAGAAGUUCACCCCCAAGAAGGUGAAAAAGGGUGCCAGCAUCACCUUCUCCGUGAAGAUCGAAGGUCGCCCCACCCCGGCGGUGCACUGGCUGCGGGAGGAGGCCGGUGAGGGCGUGCUGUGGAUUGGCCGUGACACGCCAGGCUACACGGUGGCCAGCUCCGGGCAGCAGCACAGCCUGGUCCUGCUGGAUGUGGGCCGACAGCACCAGGGCUCCUACACCUGCAUCGCUAGCAAUGCUGCAGGCCAGGCCCUCUGCUCUGCCAGUCUGCAUGUCUCCGGCCUGUCCAAGGAGGCAGGGGCGGUGGAGGAGCAGGCCGGGGUGAAGGAGGCCCUCAUGUCCACCUUCCUGCAGGGGACCCAAGCCGUCUUUGCACAGAUGUCAGAAUCUGCAGGUUUCACAGACCUUGCCGGGCAGAGGAAAGGAGAGCCCCCGGUGAUGGAGGCCCGCAGCCACCUGUCCCUGGCUGAGGUGGGCACGGAGGAGUUCCUGCAGAAGCUGACCUCGCAGAUCACAGAGAUGGUGUCGGCCAAGAUCACGCAAGCCAAGCUGCAGGUGCCUGGAGGUGACAGCGAUGAGGAGUCCAAGACGCCAUCUGCGUCCCCCCGGCAUGGCCGUUCGCGCCCCUCCUCCAGUGUCCAGGAGUCAUCCUCAGAGUCAGAGGACGGGGACUCCCGGGGCGAGAUCUUUGACAUCUACGUGGUCACGGCUGACUACGUGCCCCUGGGGGCCGAGCAGGACGCCAUCUCACUACGGGAGGGCCAGUACGUGGAGGUGCUGGACUCGGCCCACCCGCUGCGCUGGCUCGUGCGCACCAAGCCCACCAAGUCCAGCCCCUCGCGGCAAGGAUGGGUAUCCCCUGCCUACCUGGACAAGCGGCUCAAGCUGUCACCCGAGUGGGGGCCUGCCGAGGCCCCUGAGUUCCCCGGGGAGGCUGUAUCUGAGGACGAGUACAAGACAAGGCUGAGCUCUGUCAUCCAGGAGCUGCUGAGCUCAGAGCAGGCCUUCGUCGGCAAGCUGCAGUUCCUGCAGAGCCACCACAUACGGCACCUGGACCGCUGCCCCCAUGCGCCCCCCGCCGUGGCCAGCCAGAAGGCUGUCAUCUUCCGCAACGUGCAGGACAUCAGCCACUUCCACAGCAGCUUCCUGCGGGAGCUGCAGAGCUGUGACACAGACGAUGACGUGGCCACGUGCUUCAUCAAGAACCAGGCGGCCUUUGAGAAGUAUCUGGAGUUCCUGGUGGGCCGAGUGCAGGCCGAGGCGGUGGUGGUCAGCACGGCCGUGCAGGACUUCUACAAGAAAUACACCGAAGAGGUGCUGUCGGCCGCAGACCCCUCACAGCCGCCCCCACCGCCCCUGCAGCACUUCCUGGAGCAGCCGGUGCAGCGUGUCCAGCAGUACCAGGCCCUGCUCAAGGAGCUGAUCCGCAACAAGGCGCGGAAUGGGCAGAACUGUGCACUGCUGGAGCAGGCCUAUGCCGUGGUGUCUGCCCUGCCCCAGCGUGCUGAGAACCAGCUGCAUGUGUCGCUCAUGGAGAACUACCCCGGCACCCUGGAGGCCCUGGGCGAGCCCAUCCGCCAGGGCCACUUCAUUGUGUGGGAGGGGGCGCCGGGCGCACGGAUGCCCUGGAAGGGCCACCACCGGCACGUCUUCUUGUUCCGCCACCACCUGGUCGUCUGCAAGCCCAGGCGGGACUCGCGCACUGAUACCUUCAGCUACGUCUUCCGGAACAUGAUGAAGCUGAGCAGCAUCGACCUGAACGACCAGGUGGAGGGGGACGACCGCGCCUUCGAGAUCUGGCACGAGCGGGAAGACUCGGUGCGCAAGUACCUGCUGCAGGCACGGACGGUCAUCACCAAGAACUCCUGGGUGAAGGAGAUCUGCGGCAUCCAGCAGCGUCUGGCCCUGCCCGUCUGGCGUCCCCCGGAUUUCGAAGAGGAGCUGGCUGACUGCACGGCCGAGCUGGGCGAGACGGUCAAGCUGGCCUGCCGUGUGACAGGCACACCCAAGCCCAUCGUCAGCUGGUAUAAAGACGGGAAGCCGGUAGAGGUGGACCCCCACCACAUCCUCAUCGAAGAUCCUGACGGCUCAUGCGCCCUCAUCCUGGACAACCUUACUGGCGUCGACUCUGGCCAGUACAUGUGCUUUGCAGCCAGUGCCGCUGGCAAUGCCAGCACCCUCGGCAAGAUCCUGGUGCAAGUCCCCCCGCGGUUUGUGAAGAAGGUCCGGGCAGUGCCCUUUGUGGAGGGAGAGGAUGCACAGGUCACCUGCACCAUUGAAGGCACCCCACACCCUCAGAUCAGGUGGUACAAGGAUGGAGCCCUCCUGACCCCCGGGGGCAAGUACCGGCCCCUGAGCGAUGCCCGCAGUGGCCUGCUGGUGCUGGAGAUCCGGGCGGCCAGCAAGGAGGACCUGGGCCACUAUGAGUGCGAGUUGGUGAACCGGCUGGGCUCCACACGGGGUGGGGCAGAGCUGUCCAUGCAGAGCCCGGCACUGCGGGCCCGGGAACAGCGCCGCAGGGAGCAGCUGGCUGCUGUGGAAGAUGCUGCUGUCCCACCCCCAGCUGCCCUGGAACAGGGAGACCAGGAGAUCACGUCAGUCCAGGGAAUACUGGUGUGCCCCGAGGCUGUGGGACCCUCUGCAGGGGACCAUGCUGGUCCAGGCCCUGGCCCUGGGGGGCCACCGGAGCUCCAGGAGGCUGGCCCCCCACCCCCAGGCAUGGAGGCUGCAGACACAUCUGCCGAGCCCCCUCUGAAGGUGCCGGAGCCCCUCCCUGACGCGGGCCUGGAGCAGGACUCAGGGGCCCAUGGUGCAGCCCAGGAACGCAUUGUGCCCAUCCGGAUGGAGGGCACAGUCUGGCCUGGGGCAGGCGCCGCAGAGCUCUGGGAUGUCCACAGUCACGUGUUCACGGAGACCACGCACCGGACAUACGUGUAUCAGACCAGCGACGCCGGUGCCACAAGGCCCCCGUCCAUGCAGGUAACCAUCGAGGACGUGCAGGCACAGACAGGCGGCACCGCGCAGUUUCAGGCGGUCAUCGAGGGCAGCCCACAGCCCACGGUGACCUGGUACAAGGACAGCACCCAGCUGGCAGACGACACCCGGCUCAGCCAGCAGCAGGAAGGGACUACAUACUCCCUGGUGCUGAGGGACGUGGCCCAGCAGGACGCCGGUGUGUACACCUGCCUGGCCCGAAAUGCUGGCGGCCAGGUUCUGUGCAAGGCGGAGUUGCUGGUCCAUGGGGGGGCUGAGCUGGACUCAGAGAAGCGAAGCUCCCGGAGGAGACUGCACUCCUUCUACGAGGUCAAGGAGGAGAUCGGCAGGGGUGUGUUUGGCUUCGUGAAGAGGGUGCAGCACAAGGGCAACCAGAUGUCAUUCGCCGCCAAGUUCAUCCCCCUGCGGAGCAGGACGCGAGCCCAGGCGUACCGCGAGCGGGACGUCCUGGCCAUGCUGAGCCACCCUCUGGUCACUGCGCUGCUGGACCAGUUUGAGACGCGCAAGACCCUGAUCCUCGUCCUGGAGCUGUGCUCGGCUGAGGAGCUGCUGGACCGCCUGUUCAAGAAGAGUGUGGUGACGGAGGCUGAGGUCAAGGUCUACAUCCAGCAGCUGGUGGAAGGGCUGCAGUACCUGCACAGCCAGGGCAUCCUCCACCUAGACAUAAAGCCCCCCAACAUCCUGAUGGUGCAUCCUGCCCGGGAAGACAUUAAAAUCUGCGACUUUGGCUUUGCCCAAAAAAUCACCCCGGCAGAGCCGCAGUACAGCAAGUAUGGCUGCCCUGAGUUCGUGUCACCCGAGAUCAUCCAGCAAACCCCCGUGAGCAAGGCCUCUGACAUCUGGGCCAUGGGGGUCAUCUCCUACCUCAGCCUGACUUGCUCAUCUCCAUUUGCUGGCGAGAGUGACCGAGCCACCCUCCUGAAUGUGCUGGAGGGACGGGUGUCCUGGAGCAGCCCGGUGGCUGCCCACCUCAGCCAGGAUGCCCAGGACUUUAUCAAGGCUGCCCUGCAGAGGGCCCCAGAGGCUCGCCCCAGUGCCACCAAGUGCCUGGCCCACCCCUGGUUCCUGAAGUCCGUGCCGGCCGAGGAGGCCCACUUCAUCAACACCAAGCAGCUGAAGUUCCUCCUGGCCCGCAGCCGGUGGCAGCGCUCCCUGAUGAGCUACAAGUCCAUCCUGGUGAUGCGCUCCAUCCCCGAGCUGCUCCAGGGCCCGCCGGACAGCCCGUCCCUCGGGGUGGCCCGGCACCUGCGCGGCGACGCCAGCGCCUCCUCCAGCAGCUCUUCCUCCUCCUCGGACAACGAGUUGGCGCCCUUCGCCCGGGCCAAGUCGCUGCCGCCCUCCCCGGUGACCCACUCCCCGCUGCUGCACCCCCGGGGCUUCCUGCGGCCGUCGGCCAGCCUACCCGAGGAGGCCGAAACCAGCCCGCCCGCCGCGGCCGCGCCCCCCGCCCCCUCGCCCCGGGGCGCCGAGCCGCCGGCCGCCUCGGCCUGCGUGCCCCGGCAGAGCGUCAUCCGCAGCCUGUUCUACCAGCAGGCGGGCGAGGGCGCGGAGCGCGGGGGCCUGGCCGCGGGAGGCAGGCGGCACCCGGCCCGGCGGCGGCACCUGCUCAAGGGCGGCUACUUCGCCAGCGCCGUGCCCGGUCUGCGCGAGCCGCUGCUGGAGCACCGCGCGCUGGAGGAGGCGGCGGCCCGGGAGGAGCAGGCCGUGCUGAUGGCCAAAGUGCCCUCCUUCGAGACCGCCCUGCGGCUGCCGGGCACCAGCGCCCGAGGGGCGCCCGGCCGCAGCCGCUCCCUGGACCUCGACUUGCCGCAAGGCGUUAGCUCUUCUGCUGAGGCCUGCCUGAAGGGGCAGUGUCCCACCCCCGCGGCCUCGGUCCUCCCUGUGUCCCCAGGGGAGAGUUCACCCCAAGGGGUCGCAGGAUCCAGGGAGACAGAGCAUCCAGAGGGGUCCCCACAGGGACUGAGACUGUUUCCGUCUACCAGUGGUGAAGUGGCUGGUGUUCAGCAAGAGGGGUUGUCCCAGGACAGCUGUGGGGGGCAGCAGGAGCCUUUCUUUCACCCCCAGUGCGGUCCUGCCCCCCAGGAGGGCUGCAAGCCCCCUGCAGCUGUUGUACCGCAAACUCCUGGCUCCUUCCCUCCAGGGCCGGGCCCAGACGCCCUCUCCGCACCCCGAAGCCCCUGCCUCUCGAGGGAACCCCAGGGCCCCCCAUCCCCAGCCCAAGCAAGCCCCCAGCCAGGCUCUAAAAGGGGGCUGGAGGACACCCCUCUCACUGGGAGACCCAGCUCCCCUGGCUCUGUAGGGCCAGCCUCCCCAGUGGGCUCUGAGGCUGGCCUCACCCUGGAUGCUGAGGACCAGGAGGCAGAGGGCCUCUCUGACUCUGAGCCCAGCCCACCACGGCCUCAGGAGCAGGCGACCACCCGAAAGUUCUCCCUGGGGCAGCAUGGGGGCUAUGCGGGUGUGGCAGGCUAUGGCACCUUUGCCUUUGGUGGGGACGCAGGAGGCAUGCUGGGGCAGGGCCCCCUAUGGGCCAGGAUGGCCUGGGCCACCUCUCAGUCCUCAGAGGAGCAGGAUGAGGCGGGGGCCAGCACAGCACCCCCACCUGAGGGUAGCGAGGCUCCCCCGAGGGCCUCCCCAGAGCUCACCUCCUGGGACGACUUGGGUGGGGGCUCCCAAGUGUCACUUGUGCAGAUCCGGGACCUGUCAGGGGACUCGGAAGCCGCUGACACUGUGUCCCUGGACAUCUCGGAGGUGGAGCCCGCCUACCUCAACCUGUCCGACUUGUAUGACAUCAAGUAUCUCCCAUUCGAGUUCAUGAUCUUCAGGAAGGUCCCCAAGCCAGAGCGGCCGCCCUCCCCUGAGUCUGAGGCUGGGGAGGAGCUGGCGGAGUUCCCGGAGGCCGCGUGGCCCUGGCCUGGCACGCUGGGCCCGUCAGCCAGCCUGGAGAUUACCGAGGAGCCAGAGACCAUGGAGGCCCUGCUGGGGGAGGCUGCUGGCAGCCGGAAGCGCAAGUGGUCACCCCCCUCCAGGGGCUUCUUCCACUUCCCCGGGAAGCACGUGCGGCUGGAGGAGCCCGUGGAGCUGGGUCUGCGCCGGAGGGUGAGGGCCUCGGUGGCCCACAUCUCCCGCCUCCUGAGGGGCAGGCCUGAAGGUCCCGAGAAGGAGAGUCCCCCCCGGAAGAAGGCAGGCCUGGCUUCUUUCCGGCUGUCAGGCCUGAAGAGCAGGGACCGAGCGCCAUCAUUCCUAAGGGAGCUUGUGGACGAAACGGUGGUCCUGGGCCAGUCUGUGACUCUUGCCUGCCAGGUGUCGGCCCAGCCAGCCGCACAGGCCACCUGGAGUAAAGAUGGGGCCGUCCUGGAGGGCAGCAGCCGCCUCCUCAUCUCCUCCACACUCAAGAACUUCCAGCUGCUGACUAUCCUGGUGGUGACGGCCGAGGACCUGGGCCUGUAUACCUGCAGCGUGAGCAACCCGCUGGGCACAGCGGCCACCUCAGCCGCGCUCCGGAAGGCAGAGCUCCCCUCGUCCUCCCCACGGCCAGACAUCGGGGAGGUGUACGCGGACAGGGUGCUGUUGGUCUGGAAGCCUGUGGAGUCGUACGGCCCCGUGACCUACAUUGUGCAGUGCAGCCUGGAAGGUGGCAGCUGGAGCACGCUGGCCUCAGAUGUCUUUGACUGCUGCUACCUCACCAGCAAGCUUUCUCGGGGUGGCCUGUACGCCUUCCGGACGGCCUGUGUCAGCAAGGCGGGCAUGGGCCCCUACAGCAGCCCCUCGGACCAGGUCCUCCUUGGGGGACCCAGCCACCUGGCCUCUGAGGAGGAGAGCGGCCCUGCCACGCCAGCCCAGCCCCUCCCCAGCACGCAGACCUUCGCCUUCCAGACGCAGAUCCGAAGGGGCCGCUUCAGCGUGGUGCGCCAGUGUCGGGAGAAGGCCAGCGGCCGCGCGCUGGCCGCCAAGAUCGUGCCCUACCGCCCCGAGGACAGAACGGCCGUGCUGCGAGAAUACGAGGCCCUCAAGAGCCUGCGCCACCCCCAUCUGGCCCAGCUUCACGCCGCCUACCUUAGCCCCCGGCACCUGGUCCUCAUCUUGGAGCUGUGCUCCGGGCCAGAGCUGCUCCCCUGCCUGGCCGAGAGGACCUCCUACUCGGAAUCGGAGGUGAAGGACUACCUGUGGCAGAUGCUGAGUGCCGCCCAGUACCUGCACGGCCAGCGCAUCUUGCAUCUGGACCUCAGGUCCGAGAACAUGAUUGUCACCGAGUACAACCUGCUCAAAGUGGUCGAUUUCGGCAACGCCCAGAGCCUCGCCGAGGAGAGGGUCCUGCCCUCGGAGGGGUUCAAGGACUACAUGGAGACCAUGGCUCCGGAGCUCCUGGAGGGCCAGGGGGCGGUCCCGCAGACGGACGUCUGGGCCAUAGGCGUGACGGCCUUCAUCAUGCUGAGCGCCGAGUACCCGGUGAGCAGCGAGGGGAUGCGCGACCUGCAAAAGGGCCUGCGCAAGGGGCUCAUCCGGCUGGGCCGCUGCUACGCGGGCCUGUCCGGGGGCGCAGUGGCCUUCCUCCGGAGCACUCUGUGCGCCCACCCCUGGGGCCGGCCGUGUGCGUCCAGCUGCCUGCAGUGCCCGUGGCUGACCGAGGAGGGCCCGGCCGGCUCCCAGCCCGCGGCCGUGACCUUCCCCACCACGCGUCUGCGCGCCUUCGUGCGCGAGCGCGAGAAGAGGCGGGCGCUGCUGUACAAGAAGCACCACCUGGCCCAGGCGCGCUGAGGCCUGGCCCUGCCGGCUGGGGUGUGGUCGGGGCCGCCCUGCUGGGCCACCCCUCAGCCUCCCCUCUAGGACUCGCUCCCUGUGCCCAGACACACCAAUAAAGAGCAGAACUGGA